AACGCUGACGUCGACUUCUUCCUGAAAAUGGCGAAGUGGACACCAGACAUGCAAAUGAAUUGGUGCAGUUCUACGUUAUUGUUAAAAAAACGGACAGUAAGCAUGGCUCAGACAAAAUCCAGAUUGUUGGGGAACAAUUUAAUUUUAUUCUUGAUGAUCUCGUCCAUGAUGCACAUGGCAUUGGCUGACGGAAAGACACUCGUUUUGUUGGACAACCUCAACAUCAGAGACACCCAUUCAAUCUUCUUCCGCAGUCUGGCAGGUGGAAGGAAUACGUGUUGUUUUCUCAGUCAUUGGCUAGCUAGCUAGCAUAUUUACAAUUAUACGUUUCAUUUUAUCCAUAACAAAAAUGUGUUUUCAUUCAUUUGUUUUCGUUCAGUUAGUAAGCUAAUGUUAGCAUAGUUAGCGCUCGUAACUGUCAACCACUAACGUUAGCUAAUCUUAGCUAGCUAGGUUGCCAACGCAACGUUGCAUAGUAAUAGGUGUCACUCCUGGGGCGUGUGGCAUUGCUUUUGGUCAAAAAUAGAAGCUAGCUAGCUAUCAUUGUCAAUGUUGAAGGCGAAGAAAGGUCUUAUCAGCCCACUUGCACAGCUACGUGCCUGGGGCACAUUAGAAUGUUAGCUUUUGCAUUGUGAUUUUACUACUGUUCUUCCUACACAUUUAUCAGACCCUACUGCGCAUGUGCUGUUACAUGGUGUAUAACCCAAAAUGAUGCAUUACAUUUAACAUUUUAGUCAUUUAGCAGACGCUCUUAUCCAGAGCGACUUACAGUUAAUGCAUAAGUGUGUAUUGUUUGUACGCUCUAGAAAUGCUGUGUUAACCCAUCCUAGGGCAUCAAAAUAGUGUAAAACAAAGUAACUUAGCCGACUUAUUUCCACAUCAAUUUCCACCAGGCUGAUGUAGCUUUAUGUUCCUUUUUGCAGAUCGUGGCUUUGACCUUUCAUUCAAGACUGCAGAUGAUCCUUCUCUUUCCCUGAUCAAAUAUGGCCAAUUUCUCUAUGACCACCUCAUCAUCUUCUCCCCAUCUGUGGAAGGUUAGUUACCUAACAUUGCAGUUAUAAUUUUUUACAUUUCUUAUCUUGCAUCAGUCAUUUUUGUUACAACAAAGUACUAAAUAUUUAAUGCAACUUUUAUCCUUUUAAGACUUUGGUGGCAACAUUAAUGUUGAGACAAUCACUUCCUUCAUCGAUGGUGGAGGCAAUGUCCUGGUUGCUGCAAGCUCUGAUAUUGGUAAGUGCAAAAUAGAUUAUUCUUACUCGUGUAAAAACCACAGACUUGGUUUCUACUACAUUUACAUGCAGACCAAACUGACCAAAACGUUGCAAAAUAAAUGUACACAUGUUAUUUAAUCAUUUAAUCCAAACUGCUUGCACACAUCAACAAACUUCGUUCUAUUUUAGUUGCUUGACCCGCUACAAGUCCCGCCUCUCCCAUGUAUUCAUUGGUGUUUAGGAGCAUACUAACCCACGUGGGUGAUUGAAAGAUGAACAAGGUCCACACUCCAGUCCAGUUGGUGGCGGUAAUUCACCUUAAAGUUGGUUGCCAACCGCCAUAUAAAAUCCACAGAAGAAUAAGAAUGAACGAGGAGAGAUUAAUCAAAGAAAACUAAAAACUAACUAGGUUUCCCCUUUUAUCUGUGGAUGAAUUGUCAGAGUAGAGAACACACGAUUUUGUGUGACUCAAAAUGGGUCAAAAUUCUAUAGAUCCAGCAGAAAAAGGACCAUAUGCAUUUCAGGUAAAAUAACAACCCAAUGUUUAUCUCCCAGGACAAAUUAGCUAGCAACAGCAAGCUAGCUAAAUGUCCAUGAAUGUUUCAUGUGUGUUUCGACCUGUCCCCAAAUGAAUAUAGUUGGUAUUUUAACCUGCGUGUCAUGAGCACGUCUGGUGGGGAUAGGCAAAACAUUUGUGCGCUGAGUUGGUUUGGUCAGCAUGUUACACAAUAACUAAUGCCAUUGUUCUGUAAUCUCCUUUGCCCUAGGUGACCCUCUGAGAGAGAUAGGCAGUGAAUGUGGGAUUGAGUUUGAUGAGGAGAAGACUGCUGUCAUUGAUCAUCACCAUUACGAUGUGUCAGACCCCGGUGAGGUAAGCAGAAGAGGAGAGAACAUUCUAAUGUGAACCUUUUAGCUUUAGUUUUUGCAAUUGCUUACAGAGGCAUGUGUCAAUGCACUUCUGUCUAAUAAUGUAGAAUUCAAAUCAAAUCAAACUUUAUUUGUCACAUGCGCCGAAUACAACAGGUGUAGACCUUACCGUGAAAUGCAUGCUUACAAACCCUUAACCAACAAUGCAGUUCAAGAAAGAGUUAAGAAAAUAUUUACCAAAUAAACUAAAGUAAAAAGUAACACAAUAAAAUAACGAGGCUAUAUAGGUACUGAGUUAAUGUGCAGGGGUACAGGUUAGUCGAGGUAAUUUCUACAUGUAGGUAGGGGUAAAGGGACUAUGCAUAGAUAAUAGACAGGGGGGGGGGGUCAAAGUAAAUAGUCCGGGUGGCCAUUUUAUUAAUUGUUCAGAAAUCUUAUGGCUUGGGGGUAGAAGCUGUUAAGGAGCCUUUUGGUCCUAGACUUGGUGCUCCGGUACCGCUUGCCGUGCGGUAGCAGAAAGAACAGUCUAAGACAUGGGUGACUGGAGUCUUUGACAAUUUUUUGGGCUUUCCUCUGACACCGCCUAGUAUAUAGGUCCUGGAUGGCAGGAAGCUUGGCCCCACUGAUGUACUGGGCCGUACGCACUACCUUCUGUAGCGCCUUAUGUCAGAUGCCGAGCAGUUGCCAUACCAGGUGGUGAUGCAACUGGUCAGGAUGCUCUCGAUGGUGCAACUGUAUAACUUUUUGAGGAUCUGGGGACCCAUGCCAAAUCUUUUCAGUCUCCUGAGGGGGGAAAAGGUGUUGUCGUGCCCUCUAUACAACUUUCAUGGUGUGUUUGGACCAUGAUAAUUUGUUGGUGAUGUGGACACCAAGGAACUUGAAACUCUCGACCCGCUCCACUACAGCCGUGUCGAUGUUAAUGGGGCCUGUUCGGCCCGCCUUUUCCUGUAGUCCAUGAUCAGCUCCUUUGUCUUGCUCACGUUGAGGGAGAGGUUGUUGGCCUGGCACCACACUGCCAGGUCUCUGACCUCCUCCCUAUAGGCUGUCUCAUCGUUGUCGGUGAUCAGGCCUACCACUGUUGUGGCGUCAGCAAACUCAAUGAUGGUGUUGGAGUCGUGUUUGGCCACGCAGUCGUGGGUAAACAGGGAGCACAGGAGGGGACUAAGCACACACCCCUGAGGGGCCUCAGUGUUGAGGAUCAGCAUGGCAGAUGUGUUGUUGCCUACCCUUACCACCUGGGGGUGGCCCGUCAGGAAGUCCAGGAUCCAGUUGCAGAGGGAGGUGUUUAGUCCCAGGGUCCUUAGUUUAGUGAUGAGCUUUGUGGGCACUAUGGUGUUGAACGCUGAGCUGUAGUCAAUGAACAGCAUUCCCACAUAGGUGUUCCUUUUGUCCAGGUGGGAAAGGGCAGUGUGGAGUGCGAUUGAGGUUGCGUCAUCUGUGGAUCUGUUGGGGCGGUAUGCGAAUUGGAGUGGGUCUAGGGUAUCCGGGAUGAUGCUGUUGAUGUGAGCCAUGACCAGCCUUUCAAAGCACUUCAUGGCUACCGACGUGAGUGCUACGGGGCGGUAAUCAUUUAGGCAGGUUACCUUCGCUUCCUUGGGCACAGGGACUAUGGUGGUCUGCUUGAAACAUGUAGGUAUUACAGAAUCGGUCAGGGAGAGGUUGAAAAUGUCAGUGAAGACACUUGCCAGUUGGUCUGCGCAUGCUUUGAGUACACGUCCUGGUAAUCCAUCUGGCCCUGCGGCUUUGUGAAUGUUGACCUGUUUAAAGGUCUUGCUCACAUCGGCUACCGAGAGCGUUAUCACACAGUUGUCCGGAACAGCUGGUGCUCUCAUGCAUGCUUCAGUGUUGCUUGCCUCGAAGCGAGCAUAAAAGGCAUUUAGCUCGUCUGGUAGGCUUGCGUCACUGGGCAGCUCGCGGCUGGGUUUCCCUUUGUAGUCCGUAAUAGUUUUCAAGCCCUGCCACAUCCGACGAGCGUCGGAGCCGGUGUUGUAGGAUUCAAUCUUAAUCCUGUAUUGACGCUUUGCCUGUUUGAUGGUUAGUCUGAGGACGUAGCAGGAUUUCUUAUAAGCGUCUGGAUUUGUGUCCCGCUCCUUGAAAGCGGCAGCUCUAGCCUUUAGCUUGGUGCGGAUGUUGCCUGUAAUCCAAGGCUUUUGGUUCUGAUAUGUACAUACGAUCAAUGGGGAUGAUGUCGUCGAUGCACUUAUUGAUGAAGCCGGUGACUGAGGUGGUAUACUCCUCAAUGCCAUUGGAUGAAUCCCGGAACAUAUUCCAGUCUGUGCUAGCAAAACAGUCCUGUAGCGUAGCAUCUGCGUCAUCUGACCACUUCCGUAUUGAGCGAGUCACUGGUACUUCCUGCUUUAGUUUUUGCUUGUAAGCAGGAAUCAGGAGGAUAUAAUUAUGGGCAGAUUUGCCAAAUGGAGGGCGAGGGAGAACAUUGUAUGCGUCUCUGUGUGUGGAGUGAAGGUGGUCUAGAGUUUUUUUCCCCUCUGGUUGCACAUGUGACAUGCUGGUAGAAAUGAGGUAAAAGAUGAGACAUCUCUUGGUAGAUAGUGUAGUCUACAGCUUAUCAGAAGGUACUCUACCUCAGGUGAGCAAUACCUCAAGACUUCUUUAAUAUUGGACAUCGCGAACCAGCUGUUAUUGACAAAUAGACACACACCCCUGCCCCUCAUCUUACCAGACGUAGCUUCUCUGUCCUGCCGAUGCAUGGAAAACCCAGCCAGCUUUAUAUUAUCCGUGUCGUCAUUCAGCCACAACUCAGUGAAACAUAAGAUAUUACCGUUUUUAAUGUCCCGUUGGUAGGAUAUUCUUGAUCGUAGAUCAUCCAUUUUGUUUUCCAAUGAUUGGACGUUGGCCAAUAGAACGGAUGGUAGUGGAAGUUUACUCUCUCGCCUAUAAAUUCUCAGAAGGCAUCCCGACCUCCGCCCCCUUUUUCUCUGUCUUUUCUUCACGCAAAUGACAGGGAUUUGGGCCAGUUCGCGAGAAAGCAGUAUAUCCUUUGCGUCGGACUCGUUAAAGAAAAAAUCUUUGUCCAGUGCGAGGUGAGUAAUCGCUAUUCUGAUGUCCAGAAGUUAUUUUUGGUCAUAAGAGACGGUAGCAGCAACAUUAUGUACACAAUAAGUAAAAUAAAUAAGUUACAAACAACGCGAAAAAACUAACAAAAUAGCACAGUUGGUUAGGAGCCUGUAAAACGGCAGCCAUCCCCGCCGGCGCCAUUAUAUCCCAAGUUUAGUCUCAAGAAAAGGCGUGAAAUGGGUCUUGAGUGACCAUUUUGAAUUGCAGAGCACUUGAGGUGGGUGGAUGAGGUGAAUCAUAAGAGGUAAACUUUCUCCCUCAUCUUUUCUUUCCCCUCUUCCUUCCCCUAGCAUACCCUGAUUGUUGCUGAUCCAGAAAAUCUUCUGAAGGCUCCCACUAUUGUCGGGAACCCCAGUGACAAACCCAUCCUCUUCAAGGGUGUUGGGUGAGUCUACCAUACAGUUGAGAACAAGUAUUGUCACUUCUAAACAAGGGAGUUACUACACUGGUAUUGGGUUGUUAUUCCCCUAUGUACAAAGUUAUCUAUGGUAAAGGAUUGUUAUCAUCUUCUCACCUUCUCCCAGCAUGGUGGCAGACCCAGAUAACCCCCUGGUCCUGGACAUUCUGACUGGCUCCUCCACCUCCUACUCCUACUUCCCUGACCGACCCAUCUCUCAGGUAAUACUAUCACUGUUUCCUUCCUUAUCAAUCAUUCUCCUUUGAAAAUGGACUAACUUAUGUGUGUGUAUAAGGUGUUUAUAACUGAAACUUUCUGGACAGUACCCCCAUGCUGUUGGAAAGAACACUCUUCUGAUCGCUGGGCUCCAGGCCAGGAACAACGCCCGAGUGGUAUUCAGUGGCUCACUGCACUUUUUCAGCGAUGCCUUCUUCAACGCCGCUGUUCAGAAGGCUACACCUGGCUCCCAGAGGUAACCCUCUCUCUCAUUACAUUUUACAUUACAUUUUAGUCAUUUAGCAGACGCUCUUAUCCAGAGCGACUUACAGGAGCAAUUAGGGUUAAGUGCCUUGCUCAAGGGCACAUUUACGUCAUUUAGCAGACGCUCUUAUCCAGAGCGACUCACCAAUUGGUGCGUUCACCCUAUAGCCAGUGGGAUAACCACUUUACAAUUUUUUUGGGGGGGGGGUUAGAAGGAUUACUUUAUCCUAUCCCAGGUAUUCCUUAAAGAGGUGGGGUUUCAAAUGUCUCCGGAAGGUGGUGAGUGACUCCGCUGUCCUGGCGUCGUGAGGGAGCUUGUUCCACCAUUGGGGUGCCAGAGCAGCGAACAGUUUUGACUGGGCUGAGCGGGAACUAUGCUUCCGCAGAGGAAGAGGAGCCAGCAGGCCAGAGGUGGAUGAACGCAAUGCCCUCGUUUGGGUGUAGGGACUGAUCAGAGCCCGAAGGUACAGAGGUGCCGUUCCCCUCACUGCUCCAUAGGCAAGCACCAUGGUCUUGUAGCGGAUGCGAGCUUCAACUGGAAGCCAGUGGAGUGUGCGGAGGAGGGGGGUGACGUGAGAGAACUUGGGAAGGUUGAACACCAGACGGGCUGCGGCAUUCUGGAUGAGUUGUAGGGGUUUAAUGGCACAGGCAGGGAGGCCAGCCAACAGCAAGUUGCAGUAGUCCAGACGGGAGAUGACAAGUGCCUGGAUUAGGACCUGUGCCGCUUCCUGUGUAAGGCAGGGUCGUACUCUCCGAAUGUUGUAGAGCAUGAACCUGCAGGAGCGGGUCACCGCCUUGAUGUUGGCGGAGAACGACAGGGUGUUGUCCAGGGUCACGCCUAGGCUCUUCGCACUCUGGGAGGAGGACACAGCGGAGUUGUCAACCGUGAUGGCGAGAUCAUGGAACGGGCAGUCCUUCCCCGGGAGGAAGAGCAGCUCUGUCUUGCCAGGGUUCAGCUUGAGGUGGUGAUCCGUCAUCCAUACUGAUAUGUCUGCCAGACAUGCAGAGAUGCGAUUCGCCACCUGGUUAUCAGAAGGGGGAAAGGAGAAGAUUAGUUGUGUAUCGUCAUAAUGCUUUUCAUAUUCUGCUCUGCAGUUGCCGGCCCUAUUUUUAUCCUGAUUUUCAUUGUCCAAUAAUCACCCUUAUAUUUUAAGAAACGGAAUAACUGUGUUUUAAUUCCAGUCUUGAAUCUCUUGCAGGUACGCUCAGACAGGGAACAUGGAAUUGGCCGAGGCUCUGUCCCGUUGGGUGUUCAAGGAAGCUGGUGUACUCCGGGUGGGAGCCGUUACACAUCAUCCUGUGGGGGAGAGCGCCCCUCCUGCAGCCUACACCAUCACAGACCUUGUGGUGAGUCACUAUUUAAUCCAUCAACAUCUCGUGGUGAGACAUUAUUUUAUCCAUUAUGACAGUAUUUAGCCAUUUUUCUGCUUAUUUAACAAAACAUUCAAAUGUGAAAAUAUGCCAAUUGAGCUCGUGAAUGAAAAAAGGCAUGAAGAUAUUUGUUUUUUCUUCACUCCAUGAACUGUGGCCAUUAUGUUGUUUCUGUCCUUUUCCUCCGACACAGGAGUACAGUGUUGUUAUUGAGAUGCUGUCUAAGGGCAGCUGGGUUCCCUUUGAUGGGGAAGACAUCCAGUUGGAGUUUGUGAGAAUCGACCCCUUCGUCAGGACGUACCUCAAGAAAAAUGGUAUGAACAUUUCAGAGAUUACUAUUUUUUCAUGAUUAUUUACAUUGGUGAAAUUGAUUGUUGUAAGCCUCAUAAUAAGGGAAAACAGUUUUCCAUGUCAACCAAAUCAAAGAGUUGUAUUUCCCUUAAUAGGAGAUAAAUACAGCGUCCAGUUCAAGUUGCCUGACGUGUAUGGAGUGUUCCAGUUCAAGGUGGACUACAACAGGCUAGGCUACACACACCUGUACUCCUCUACUCAGGUGAGAGAACUGUUUCAUGUUUUCAUUUGUUUUGAAAUGGAAGGCUCUUGAGUAUAUCAAGGGCUACACCAGCUAAUUCAUUGUACGUGUCACAUUAUAAGCAAACACAGUAUAGUACUCAAUUGCUAAUGUGUACAUGUCCUCUCCCAUAGGUGUCGGUGCGUCCUCUGCAGCACACCCAGUAUGAGCGCUUCAUCCCCUCAGCGUUCCCUUACUACGCCAGCGUCUUCUCCAUGAUGGGAGGACUCUUUGUCUUCAGCAUAGUCUUCCUUCACAUGAAAGAAAAGGAAAAGUCAGACUAGGGAGAUAAAACGUUUAGAGAAAAGCUUAUUAUCUGGCAGAGCCUGCAAGAACAGUUGGUGAGAAUUGAAUAUGUUCCUUCUCUAUUGGUUCUGGGGGCAUUUAAUGAGGGCUUUGCAGGCAAACUAACUCAGCUGUGGCUGAGAAUUUUUGUACUUCUAAAAAAAAUAAGUCAGGAAUUGGAUAUGGUUGCUUCGAAAUUUCAAUAUCAGAUGGAGCACUUGUUUGGAAAACUCCCAUGAAUUUAUGUUUUUUCCCACCCACUUGUAUGAGGAUAAAAACAUCUUGAUGUGGUACAUGCACUGAAUAUUUUUGUUUU